AACCGGAGUUCGGACAGUCUUCUCUAGUAGUCGUUCUACCCGCAUAACGCAGCCCGCUUCCCGCAUCUCUUACUCGACAUGGCCGGUCUAGUGCUCAACCAGAAGUUUAAGCUGCAUGCCAGUGACAACUUCGAUGAGUUCAUGAAGGCGCUUGGAGUGGGUCUGGUGACGCGGAAGAUGGGGAACACGGUCAGCCCCGUGAUCGAGCUGACCGAGAAGGACGGGGAGUACACACUCACCUCCAACUCCACCUUCAAGAACACGGCCAUCAAGUUCCGUCUGGGGGAGGAGUUCGAGGAGGAGACUCCGGACGGCAGGAAGGUCCAGAGCACCAUCACCCUGGACGGUGACGACACCCUGGUCCACAUCCAGAAAGGCGCCAAGGAGUCUAAGAUUAUUCGGAAGUUCUCCAAGGACGAAGUCAAAAUGACUCUGACCGUGGACGAUGUGGUCUGCACUAGAGUGUACAAGCCUGUAGAAUGAUUCUGCCAUCCUCUGCUACUUUACUCUAUUCAUAUUUAAUUAUAUUUUAAGAAACUUUUAUAUUUUCUCACAGUUUGUAACACGAUAAGUGGACGGCACUUUACAUAUUACAAGGUGUCCAAAAAGACCCGGGGCGGUGAAAUAUUUUUAUAGUUGUUUAAGACAGAGAUACAGAACUCGGCUCAUACCUACUGGGAGAAAUUAAUUUAACACACCCAGUGGCCCACUUCUUCCUCAGCGGACGGGUACACAAGGAGGCAGAAUAAAUUUUUAAAAUGUAAGCAUACGUUGGUAUACACACCAGAUUAGUUGAAUGUUCAGUUAAGCAAUAAGAAUAAUAAACUACUAAUCUUUGAAUCAUUGUCAUUUAAUCCCUAGAUUAUGCCAUCAAUCGCUCUAGUUUUGCCUGUGAAUAAAUUUAUCAAACUACCGUGACCUUGGUUAUGUGUACCUAAUAAUUAUAAAUUCAAGCCAUCUAUAAACGGCUGCCAUUUCCGGCUCGGUAGUCUGUUUGAGGUCAGGUUUGCAGCAUUGCACUCAUUGUAUUAUUAAAAAACUUUAAUUUAAUGUGCACACCAACCUAUGCUUACGUUUCAAAAUUUAUUCUGUAUCUUUGUGUACUUUUCCACUGAGGAAGCAGUGGGCCACUGGCUACACGUGUAGUUAGAUAUUUUGGUCCAGUAAGUCUGUUCCGUUUUGUAGCUCUAGCUUAAAUAACUUUUAAAAAAUACGUAUUUAACCGACUUUUUGGACACCUUGUAUAUUUUCUUAUGUAAUCCUAAGUUUUAAUACUGACAUUAAAUGUACGUUUGACUGAUAUAAGAAUUUUGAAUUUUAUGCUAUAUUAAUUGCCAACUAUAAUAAUCUAGAAUAAAAGACAAUAAAUGGUGUAUAAAAUAUUAAAAAUAUUAUAUUGUGAAAAACAAAAGCAA